CUCUCAUCCAUCAACUUCAUUGCUACACCAACAAAAUCGACUCAUCAACCCUAACAUCAGUUCCCUUGCUUGAUUCUACCCACAUAUUCAAGAUGCAGAUCGCAGCCAUUUUGUUGGUCCUUACCUCCGUGUGCAUCGGCUCCGAGGUAUCAACAGCAAUCCGACUUCAGCGAGACGAUAUUAUCGUGUCUGCCAAUUCGACCGCUGACUCUUCUGGUAUCGGUAAUGGUACUCUUAUGAAAGACAUCCGCAGCCAAUGCGAUAGCAACAGCUUCGGACUGGUGUCUUCUCAAGAAAGAAUGGGGGUCUACUAUAUUCGAGGGGUCUGCGGCGGCCUGUAUAAAGAUCGUAGUCUAACACGAUGCUCCUUCCUAGACCUUGGCAUGUGUUACAUGAACGAUGGGGGAACCAUAAAACCUGGAAAGUUGGGCGAUUUCCAUUCCUCCUGCAGCAGCUGUUCACUCCAUAUAAUCCACGACUUGAGCAUACUGGCUUGCGAUUGCGAUAAAGGCCCAGGUAAUGGUUGGGGGACGCAGCCGACUACGAUCCAACUUGACGAUCUUCUGGUCGUCAAGAACGGUUUCAUAAGCUGCUAUGGCUAUACCAACUUCGAGUGUCCGGCGGGCAACGUGCCAUACUAAGUUUUUCGAAGACGAAUAUGCCUUAUGUAAAAGAAUAUGAUUGAUUUUCGUAUCAAAAGUUUCAAAAUUACGUCUGACACCAUCAAGGUUUCUUUGGGGUGGGUUGAGGUCUAGAAUUUAGACUAUAGCUGGGCAUUAGCAAGUUAGGUCGAAACACAAUACUGAAGCCGGACCGAUUUCGAUUGAGCAACCCAUAUUUCGCCCCAGUUGUGGAUGUUGUCCGGCUCUGUCCCCGUUAGAUAGUACAGUUGUAGUACUAGUUUAUGGGGCAACUAAUUGCGACGAUGAAUCCCGUGACGACUUAAUUAUCUGUUAGAAUCACAAAUUCUAAUUGGGAUUCUUAGCAUCUAUGACGAGCUAUCUUUAGGGAGACGGCUAGUUUAGCUAGUGAAAGG